GCUGAACAGAAACAGUUGUGAGGAUCGUCGGUCUGAGCAGAACUGGAGUCCAAAUGAGCCUGUGUGUAGUUUGAAGACACUCCUUCAGAGCUGGGGACACAGGGGGAGUGUGGAGAAGGGGGGGCAGGACCAUAACCGGGGCACCACCCUGAAAGAGGAGGAGCCACGGAGCAGCUGAGGAGGAAGCAGUCAUCUAAUCGUUGGUAUCCAGUGAGUCCAGCCCUUCAGAUGAAGAGCCUCCAGUUCCGGAGCAUCGCCCCCAAGGCCCCGGCCGUGGUGCCCUCCACCUCUCCUGCGGUCCUGUCCUGCCAGCCUUCCUCUGCCGUUCCUGAGGCUACCACCGCCUCCAGCCCCAAGUCCAUCAUCGUUCCCACCCAAAACUAUGCACUGAUGCAAAUAGCAGGUCACGAUGGUACUUUCUCCCUGGUGGCACUACCCCCCUCGGUUUCCUCCCAGACAUCGCAACAACAGCAACAGCAGCAGCAAACCCAGCCAAUCCACAAGAACCUCAAGUUGCCCAUUCCCAGAUACCAGCCAGUCAGGAGCAAAGGGACCGCAGAUAAGGUCAAAUCGUCACCGUUAGCUGCCAAGGCGAAAAUGUUGCCCAAGGUUCCUGUGACAGCACAAACAAAACUAGUGUUGGGUGGGGCAUCGUCAACACUGAAGAAAAAGGUACAGGAGUCCAAGUCCACUAAGGAAACCCAAGUGUUCAAAGAGGAACCAUCAGAACAGGUCAUUCUGAUUGACCCAGCUGCCUCUGACAUCUCUGUCACUGCUCUGCUCCCAGACAACGCAGUCCUGUACUCUGGUUCUCAAUUAGAGCGAACGCCAGAUGGCUCUGAACGACCUGCUGCAACUGGCCUUAUUCAGAACCUCCAGUACCCCUCUGUUGGUGUACAAACUUCACCAGCUAAAUCCCCUGAGGACAUCAAGCCUACAGUGAGGUUGUGCCAGUCUAAGCCUCCUGCAGCCCAGCCGUCAAGCAGUAUUACUGUCCUGUCCCCUGCCAUUUUCAGCAAAGCGGUCCAGAUUAUUCCUUCCCCACCUAAGGGGAAACUGCCUAUCCUGCCGUACUCUAAAAUGAAGAACACUCUCAUCCCAACAGCCAAACUCAGUGCGUUGUCUCCGGAAAAAAAUACUUUAUCCAGCCAGACAGGUCUCACCAGCCCCUUAGACCCCACAUCCAAGUCUGAGACAGCUGAAACCUUAAAUCACAACCAAGUACCAGACUCUGCUGUCCAGCCCCAGACCAAGGCCGCUCUCAUCCCUGUGUUGGGGACCCUACAGAAACCACCGGGUAAGAAAAGAGGCAGGAAAAGAAAGACAAUGGAAGACAUCUUGGCGUUUGAGGCACGAAAGAAAAGGUCCCUGUCUUUUUUUCGGAGGCGAGUCCCUGAAAAGCCUCCAGCCAUUGUUCCAAUCCAACAAAAGGAGGUUGAUAUUUCAAAGAAGUACCGCAGCAUCCGGCCCAAGCCCAUGUUGGUUAUGGAGACUGUUCCCCAGCUGGUUAGCCUGCCUGCCAUUACCCCAGAUAACCAGGAACAGGAACUUGUCCUCAGUCAUCAGCUCCCCAACACCACUACAGCCAAGGCCCUGGACUGUCCCCCCCAGCCGGCCCCAGUAACAUUUCACCUGAGAGGUGGCGCACACUCAAGAGUCUUCUUAGGCAGCCGACCGCUCCACCGAUGCCCCACCUGUAGCCGAUGUUUCCAGUUCAAGCAUCACCUUCAGAGCCACAUGAACAGUCACACCAACAGUAGACCCUACGCGUGCCCAGUUUGUCGCAAAGCUUACGCACACUCCGGGAGUCUGAGCACACACAUGAAGCUUCACCACUCUGAGGUCCGCCCACGCCGGUCCCUGUGCUGCGAGUUCUGCGAGAAGGCCUUCGGAUAUGUGGGCGUGUACUUCAGUCAUCUGAGAGAGGUGCACAAGGUGGUGCUGACCGUUGAGCCGUCCAUCAGCCAUCAUGAGGAUCACCUGUCUGUGGAAGGGGCCAACUCUCCAGAGACGUCGGACGAGCAGGACCGUGAAGACCCUGUGGAGCUGCAGAUCAAAUGCGGUCGCUGUCAGGCCAUCACUCCAACCUUUGCUGACAUGAAGAUGCACCUGCUCUUCAUUCACGGGGAGGAGGUCCACGUUCGACUUCAGGACGACCAAGCGCUGCGCGGUGGCCGCGAGGCUGAGAACGAGCUGGUAAAACACGCCGCGCACUACUGGAGGCAGCUCAACGAGAAGCGCAACCUGGUCAAAUGUGGCAGCUGCGACGAGGAGUUCUUCUCCUUCUCCAAGCUUAAGAAGCACAUCAUGUCUCACCACCGCAGACGGGACGGGGAGGACAGCAGCGCCCUUUCGCCGCCGGACAACGACGGUGGACUCGGCGUCCUGGCCGCAGGGUCAGCCUUUAACUGUGUGCUGUGCAGCGAGGUACUGGCCACUAAAGAGAGGGUCCUGGAGCACUGGAGGGGUCAGCACCACUGUGAGCAGCCCGGCCUCCUGUGGGACGCUCUGAGCUCCUACUCUGGACAAGAAGAAGGAGAGGUGGACGGGGACAUGGACACUCCUGCUGCCAGCCCACAUUAGCCGGCCUAGUGUCAUUCCCACUCAAGUCGUACCAGUCAGCAGCACAGGGACGCAGUUCCUCAGAUGAGUUUGAGCUUUAGCUUCAUCUUCCACCAGUAUCUGAAGAUCAAGCCAAUGUUACAAUUCAUAGGGGACGUUCUCCGUAGGUCAGAGAAACCAGUUUUCUAAACAAUAUUUUUAUGUUCUUAUGUUGAUUGCACUGUUCCGACUACAUGUUGUUUGUAUUUAAUAUCCUUUUGGAAACUAGAUGAUUAUUUUUUUUUCUACUGCUUAUUUAAAUUCUAUGGAAAGGGUAAUUUAUAACCGUACUAAAACUGCUUAAGGGUCAGUUCACCCAAAUCACAAAAAAAAAAAAAACAUAUUUUCUCACUCAACAUUUUUAGUA